AUGACCAGUAUUGAAAAUUUGAUGGACUACCUUUCUAUAGGAGACGAUUCCGGAAGUCUUUGUUCGGAUGAUUUCAUUCCUUUAGAUGAGGAAAUUAAAUAUCUCGAAUCCUCUGAAGUAAAUCGUAUAAUCGACUCACCUACCGAGUUUUUGAAGUCAUGUUUCCCUAUGAUUUCUGAAUUUAUCGAUACGUUAAUGAAAGAAAAUAAUGAUAAUGUGGAAGUUGUUUUGAAUUUGCUUCUUAACGAGCAAGAUAGUUCAUACUUUCAAACAAAUUCAACACCAUCUUCCGUUUAUGUGAAGGAUCCUAAUGAUGAGGAUAAUUUCUUGGUUUCGGAAUCCCGUUUUAAACGUCGUAAAAAAAAACGACACAGGAAACCAAAACGAAACAUCAUAAUUCAAAAUAAUACAUUCCGUUCCUAUGCCAACGUAUCUUCGGCAUCAAAUAGCCCUGCAACACCGGGAUCAUCAACUUCGUCGUCAUCUUCUGCUUCACGUUGGGGUUGGGACACACCAUCACCGUUGACCUCACCGUUACAAUCAAAGAAUCAAUGGAAUUACCUUCAAGAUGACUCUUUUGAUGAAAAUCUGAGUCAAUUGACAACCGUGUUGCCCGACCACGAUUUCGAAAGCCUUAGGAAUGCCCUCAUUACUUGUAAGGGACAUUUUGACAAUGCGAUAGAUAUGUUAUUAUCUGCUAACAACAGUGUUUGGAACGGCAGUAAUGAGGCCAUCAAACUACGAAGCAAAGAUUUUAGGCAAACAUCUCAUACACCCUCUUUUUCGAAUGUUAUUAAGGAUCACAAUAGGCCCUCAUUACAAAUUCCGAUAAAAUUCAAUUUUUCAUCAAAUCGUAAUAAAUACAAGGUUUACGACGACGACGAUAAUGAUGAUGGGUUAGUAGAUCAUGAAGAUCGCUAUGAUCCAGUAUUUUGUCGUAUGAGGGCUCAAGAGUUCAUGGAAAUGCGAAGCGAAUCUUAUAAAAAAGCAUUCGAAUCUUAUCAAAAGUCCAAAGGUCAUCGUAGUGGAGAAGGCGGAAUUGCAUUUCAUUAUUCAACCGAGGGAAGGAAAUUUGAUACAGAAAUGAAAAGGUGGAACUUGAGAGCCGCCAGAUCGUCAGUUAGGUUAAAUAGUGAGAAAAGAAGAGAGGAGAAUGUUCUUGAUCUCCAUGGCUGUAGUGUGAAUGAAGCACUCACUAUAGUUAAAGAAAAGUUGAAUCAAUGGUACUCAGAAUCUGGCGGUACAUCGUUGAAACCAUUGAAGAUAAUUACAGGAUUGGGAAAACAUUCACCUAAUGGAGUGCCAAAAUUGCCUACAGCGAUCAAUAAAUUUUUGGUUAAGGAUAAUUGGAACGUUAAAGAGUAUAAAGGUUAUUUAAUAGUUGAUGGAAUAAAAAAUAAUCAUUAA